AUGUCGUUAAGGGAAGCUGGUGGAUUCGUGGUAGGAAGCAGCUGUUACACAGCCUUCAGUAACCUGGUAGGAUACAGCUGUUACACAGCCUUCAGUAACCUGGUAGGAUACAGCUGUUACACAGCCUUCAGUAACCUGGUAGGAUACAGCUGUUACACAGCCUUCAGUAACCUGGUAGGAUACAGCUGUAAAACAGCCUUCAGUAACCUGUCUGCAGACACUACAGCCCUCAGCCACACAGUCACUGGCCUCAAACCCAACACCAUGUACGAGUUUGCUGUCAUGGUCACCAAGGGCCGUAAGUCCAGCACGUGGAGUAUGACAGCUCACGCUACUACGUACGAAGCAGCUCCCAGCUCCGCCCCUAAGGACCUGACGGUGAUCAGCAGGGAGGGAAGACCCAGAGCCAUCCUGAUCAGCUGGCAACCCCCCAUGGAGGCUAACGGACGAGUCAUGGGCUAUAUCUUGUACUACACCCUGGAUAAGAACAUGCCUAUAGAUGACUGGGUAAUGGAGAGUAUCAGUGGAGACCGUCUGACCCACCAGGUGAUGGACCUGAACCUGGACACCGUCUACUACUUCAGGAUCCAGGCUAAGAAUGCCAAGGGAGUGGGUCCCCUGUCAGACCCCAUCCACUUCAGGACUAACAAAGGUAUGGGAUAA